CUCUGGUUGGAAAGUUUCUAGAAUCUCUUCCCAGCGGCCUUUGCGGUUCCAACAUGGCGGAGCUGACGGUGGAGGUUCGCGGCUCCAACGGGGCUUUCUACAAGGGAUUUAUCAAAGAUGUUCAUGAAGACUCCCUCACCGUUGUUUUUGAAAAUAAUUGGCAACCAGAGCGCCAGGUUCCAUUUAAUGAAGUUAGAUUACCACCACCGCCUGAUAUAAAAAAAGAAAUUAGCGAAGGAGAUGAAGUAGAGGUAUAUUCUAGAGCAAACGACCAAGAACCAUGUGGAUGGUGGUUGGCUAAAGUUCGGAUGAUGAAAGGAGAGUUUUAUGUCAUUGAAUAUGCUGCUUGUGAUGCCACUUACAAUGAAAUAGUAACAUUUGAACGACUUCGGCCUGUCAAUCAAAAUAAAACUGUCAAAAAAAAUACCUUCUUUAAAUGCACGGUGGAUGUUCCUGAGGAUUUGAGAGAGGCGUGUGCUAACGAAAAUGCACAUAAAGAUUUUAAGAAAGCAGUAGGCGCGUGCAGAAUUUUUUACCACCCAGAAACCACACAGCUAAUGAUACUGUCUGCCAGUGAAGCAACUGUGAAGAGAGUAAAUAUUUUAAGUGACAUGCAUUUGCGAAGUAUUCGUACAAAGCUGAUGCUUAUGUCCAGAAAUGAAGAAGCCACUAAGCAUUUAGAAUGCACAAAACAACUUGCAGCAGCUUUUCAUGAGGAAUUUGUUGUGAGAGAAGAUUUAAUGGGCCUGGCAAUAGGAACACAUGGUAGUAACAUACAGCAAGCUAGGAAGGUUCCUGGAGUCACCGCUAUUGAACUAGAUGAAGAUACUGGAACAUUUAGAAUCUAUGGAGAGAGUGCUGAUGCUGUAAAAAAGGCUAGAGGUUUCUUGGAAUUCGUGGAGGACUUUAUUCAGGUUCCUAGGAAUCUUGUUGGAAAAGUAAUUGGAAAAAAUGGCAAAGUUAUUCAAGAAAUAGUAGACAAAUCAGGCGUGGUUCGGGUGAGAAUUGAAGGAGACAAUGAAAACAAACUACCUAGAGAAGAUGGAAUGGUUCCGUUUGUGUUUGUUGGCACUAAAGAAAGCAUUGGAAAUGUGCAGGUUCUUUUAGAGUAUCAUAUUGCUUAUCUAAAGGAAGUAGAACAGUUAAGAAUGGAACGCCUACAGAUUGAUGAACAGCUACGACAGAUUGGUAUGGGUUUCAGACCUUCUUCCACCAGAGGGCCUGAAAAAGAGAAAGGAUAUACCACUGAUGAAAGUACCGUCUCUUCUGUACAAGGUUCUAGGUCUUAUAGUGGAAGAGGCAGAGGUCGUCGGGGCCCUAAUUACACGUCCGGUUAUGGUACAAAUUCUGAGCUGUCUAACCCCUCUGAAACUGAAUCUGAACGUAAAGACGAGCUGAGUGAUUGGUCAUUGGCAGGAGAAGAUGAUCGAGAGAGCCGACAUCAGCGUGACAGCAGGAGACGCCCAGGAGGAAGAGGCAGAAGUGUUUCAGGGGGUCGAGGUCGUGGUGGACCACGUGGUGGCAAAUCCUCCAUCAGUUCUGUGCUCAAAGAUCCAGACAGCAAUCCAUACAGCUUACUUGAUAAUACAGAAUCAGAUCAGACUGCAGACACUGAUGCCAGCGAAUCUCAUCACAGUACUAACCGUCGUAGGCGGUCUCGUAGACGAAGGACUGAUGAAGAUGCUGUUCUGAUGGAUGGAAUGACUGAAUCUGAUACAGCUUCAGUUAAUGAAAAUGGGCUAGUCACAGUUGCAGAUUAUAUUUCUAGAGCUGAGUCUCAGAGCAGACAAAGAAACCUCCCAAGGGAAACUUUGGCUAAAAACAAGAAAGAAAUGGCAAAAGAUGUGAUUGAAGAGCAUGGUCCUUCAGAAAAGGCAAUAAAUGGCCCAACUAGUGCUUCUGGCGAUGAAAUUCCUAAGCUACAACGUACUCCAGGAGAAGAAAAGAUUAAUACCUUAAAAGAAGAAAACACUCAAGAAGCAGCAGUCCUGAAUGGUGUUUCAUAAACUGAAGAAGUUCCUAGUUUACAGUUCUUUUACAUUACAUUUACAAUAGUGCUUGUACAAGCUUGCCAAAGAUAGAAUAUGGAUCGCCAGUCUUUACAUCGCACUUUCAGUUCCUCCAUUUGGAAUUCAGAAAGGGGAGGGAUCCUGAAGAAAUCAUAUGUUAAACAUACUUUGACACCUACUGUGUUAUAAAAUAUAUCAUCAGAUGUGCCUUGAGAAUAGUAUAUGUAACAUUAAAAAAAAAAGUUGCUGGCUAUAGGAAAUGUUAUUUUGUUUUCAAAAUAUGGCAGAGAUUGGGGGAGGUGGGUGGGGUGGGAUCCCUAACGUAAUAUUCUUUAUGAAAGCAUUAGCUGCUUUUGUUACAUUUUUAAUAUGCAACCACUUCUUCACCUGAGGAAAACUAGAAUGAAAUGCAGUCUAAAAUAUUUUGCACUGAAUUGUAAUUUCUUCAUUAGUUUAGUCUGGAAACUGGUCUGUUUUAAUGUAUUUUUUAAAUGCUGUAUGUAGAGGAAAAUCUGCAGACCACUGGAAUACAUUUGUUAAACUCAUCUGCAGGGACACUGGGUGAUAUUGGCAGUGACUGUUCUACAUUGAGGCUUUGUUUGGUUUAUUUAUUAAAGUGUACAGUAUUUAAAAAUCAAACAUAGCUUUAGUUAAAAAACACUAAGCUGAAUUAGUCAUGUCCAUUCAGACAUAACCUGAACUACUGAAAAGAUCAAUUUCCAGAAGGUUUAUUCUGUAUAAACUACAUGUUAGUCUUCAGUAGAAUAUCUCUCCUCCCCACCCCACCUUUUUUUUUUUUUUUUUUUAUUUUGGUUGUUUGAUGUGCAAUAUGUUUUUGUAUGCAGGUAGUAAAUAAACUUUGAUCUUCCA